CUGUCGUGCACUGUGGGAGUCGCAGCCGGUUGUUCAAUUUCAGAUUCGCAGAGAGGCAGUUGUAUUACAAUCAUGGAGGAAGCAAAAAACAAGGAGAAAAAACUACCAGAAAAGACGGAGGAGAAGGGGCAGCAGCCUCCGGGAAAGGACAAAGAAAAGAAAGAGGAGCAAGAGCUGUCUGAAGAAGACAAGCAGCUUCAAGAAGAGUUGGAGAUGAUGGUGGAGAGACUUGGUGAGAAGGACACCUCCCUUUACCGGCCAGCCCUGGAGGAGCUCCGCAGGCAGAUCCGCUCCUCCACCACCUCCAUGACCUCUGUGCCCAAGCCCCUGAAGUUCCUGCGCUCGCACUAUGCCAAGCUGAAGGAAAUCUACGAGGGCAUGGCUGCUGGGGACAACAAGCGCUUCUGCGCAGACGUGGUGUCGGUCCUCGCCAUGACGAUGAGCGGUGAACGGGAGUGUCUGAAGUACCGUCUGCUGGGCUCACAGGAGGAGCUGGCAUCCUGGGGCCACGAAUACGUUAGGCACCUGGCAGGAGAGGUGGCCAAGGAAUGGCAGGAGGUGGAUGAGAGCGACCGGGGCCAGCAAGAGACCCUGCUGAAGCUGGUGAAGGAGAUCGUCCCUUACAACAUGGCCCACAACGCCGAGCACGAGGCCUGCGACCUGCUCAUGGAGAUCGAGCGGCUCGAAAUGCUGGAGGACUACAUCGACGAGAACGCCUACGCCAAGGUCUGCCUCUACCUGACCAGCUGCGUGAGCUACGUGCCAGAGCCGGAGAACUCUGCUCUGCUCAAGUGCGCCCUCAAAAUCUUCCGCAAAUUCAACCGUUACCCAGAGGCGCUGCGCCUGGCCCUGAUGCUUAAUGACAUGGAGCUGGUGGAGAACAUCUUCACCUCCUGCAAGGACAUUGUCAUCCAGAAGGAGAUGGCCUUUAUGCUGGGGAGACACGGCAUGUUUCUGGAGCUCAAUGAGGACGUGGAGGACUAUGAGGACCUGACUGAGAUCAUGUCCAACGUGCAGCUCAACAGCAACUUCCUGGCGCUGGCUAGAGAGCUGGAUAUUAUGGAACCCAAAGUCCCAGAUGACAUCUACAAAACUCAUUUAGAAAACAACAGGUUUGGGGGCAGUGGUUCUCAGGUGGACUCUGCUAGAAUGAACCUGGCCUCCUCCUUUGUGAACGGGUUCGUCAAUGCAGCCUUUGGGCAGGACAAGCUGCUGACCGACGACGGCAACAAGUGGCUGUACAAGAACAAGGAUCAUGGAAUGCUGAGUGCUGCUGCCUCCCUGGGCGUGAUUCUGCUGUGGGAUGUGGAUGGAGGUCUGACUCAGAUUGAUAAAUACCUGUACUCUUCUGAAGACUACAUCAAGUCGGGUGCCUUGCUGGCUUGUGGCAUCGUGAACUCUGGUGUGAGGAACGAGUGUGACCCUGCCCUCGCCCUGCUGUCAGAUUAUGUUCUGCACAACAGUAACAUCAUGAGGAUAGGGGCCAUUUUUGGACUCGGCCUGGCGUAUGCUGGAUCCAACAGAGAAGAUGUGCUUUCACUGCUACUGCCUGUCAUGGGGGACUCUAAAUCGAGCAUGGAGGUGGCAGGUGUGACUGCACUGGCGUGUGGUAUGAUUGCUGUGGGCUCCUGCAAUGGGGAUGUCACCUCCACCAUCGUGCAGACCAUCAUGGAGAAGUCUGAGCAGGAUCUGAAGGACACCUAUGCCCGCUGGCUGCCUUUGGGCUUGGGACUGAACCACCUUGGGAAAGGCGAGGCCAUCGAGACCACACUAGCUGCUCUGCAGGUGGUUCCUGAGCCCUUCCGCAGCUUUGCCAACACGCUGGUGGACGUGUGCGCUUACGCAGGCUCAGGGAAUGUACUGAAAGUUCAACAGCUGCUACACAUCUGCAGUGAGCACUAUGACACCAAGGACAAAGAAGAGGAGAAGGAUAAGAAAGACAAGAAGGAGAAAGAAAAGAAGGAGAGCUCUGCUGACAUGGGCUCCCACCAGGGUGUGGCUGUUUUGGGCAUUGCCCUCAUUGCAAUGGGUGAAGAAAUUGGGUCGGAGAUGGCUCUGCGGACAUUUGGACAUCUGCUGCGGUAUGGGGAGCCCACACUUAGGCGGGCGGUGCCCCUGGCCCUUGCCCUCAUCUCCGUCUCCAACCCCCGCCUCAACAUCCUGGACACGCUGAGCAAGUUCUCCCAUGAUGCUGACCCAGAGGUCUCGUACAACUCCAUCUUUGCCAUGGGCAUGGUGGGCAGUGGAACAAAUAAUGCCCGUUUGGCUGCCAUGUUGAGGCAACUGGCACAGUAUCAUGCCAAGGACCCAAACAACCUCUUCAUGGUCAGGCUGGCACAGGGUCUGACUCAUCUGGGUAAAGGCACACUCACCUUGUGCCCAUACCACAGCGACAGGCAGCUGAUGAGCCAGGUGGCAGUGGCCGGAUUGCUCACUGUCCUCGUUUCCUUCCUUGACGUCAAGAACAUCAUCUUGGGGAAGUCCCACUAUGUCCUGUAUGGCCUAGUGGCUGCAAUGCAGCCCCGAAUGCUCGUCACCUUCGACGAGGAGCUGCGGCCGCUGCCCGUGUCUGUCAGAGUUGGACAGGCGGUAGAUGUGGUGGGCCAGGCCGGGAAGCCCAAAGCCAUCACGGGAUUCCAGACGCACACUACACCUGUACUGCUGGCCCAUGGCGAGAGGGCUGAGCUUGCCACAGAGGAGUAUAUCCCUGUCACCCCUAUCCUGGAAGGCUUUGUCAUACUGCGCAAAAACCCCAACUAUGACGCUUAAGCCCACUGUAACCCAGCUCCCGCCCCUCAGCCUCCGUUUCCAAGACUGAGCUGGCAGCUGGGUGUGCAAGCCUGGCUGACCUUCCUCCUCGUACCCUGGUUCCGUGUGAUUGCAGCCACUGCUAAAAAUAUUAGCUGGUCAUCAGGCAGUUUAGUGGGUUUUAGGUGGGGGACAGAGUAUCCCCAACCAAAUAUUGGCCCAGGAUAUUCUAACUCUAACUCAAACCCAAGCCCAACAAGUGCUGUGUGCAUAAGCGAUCUAUGGUCCUCAAAACUUUACAUUAUUUGGAGGAAUGAGUGCCAGGGUGGCCCACCUUUGCUCUGUGGACCUCAGUUUCUUCUGUGGAUAAACAUAGCUCCUCAGCUUUACUUUGUGUGUGGGCUGUGGUUUAAGCCUCAGGGGGAAAUGGGAGCCACUAUUGCUCUAGGUACAUGGUACCCCUGAACCAGCCCUAUGAUUAACCUAUACAUUUUUGGUUCUAAAAAAAAAUCUAAAACUGAUCCAGGGUAAGUGCUUUGGGGACACGAUCUUCAACCUCUUUUCUAUUCUCAGUCUUUCUCCCAAGUUAAGACAAGGUUCAGUUCUGUAACAUCCAUAUAAAUGCCUAGAGGUAGACAGAUGUAAGAACAUCAGUCGCCAAAUACUUUCAGCUGGUUUUUUUCCCCCACAUUCUUUUUAGUUCUGAACCUUCCUCCUUUUGUAAUAAGAGCAUGUAAAAUGUCUGCUAUAUCCAGUUUGUUAUUUUUUGUUGUCAUUGGUUUUGUUACAGCACUGUAAUAUGUUGAAAUAAAAUCAUUUCUGAUCUA